CUUGGGCGGUUGGCUUCCUGGAGGCCUGGGCGCCAUGGCGCUCCCCUGGUUGCAGAGAGCUGAGCUCGUGCUCUUCGCUGCCGCCUUCCUGUCCGGGGCAGUGGCGGCCGCGGCGCUGACCCGGACCCAGGGCUCCUUCGGUGGUAGCUGUCCCUUGUAUGGUGUGGUUGCUCUCAACGGCUCCUCUUUGACCUUGUCAAGUCCCUCAGCCCCUUCUCUCUGCUACUUUGUGGCUGGGGCUUCAGGCCUCCUGGCCCUCUACUGCCUUCUGCUUCUCUUCUUCUGGGUCUACAGCAGCUGCAUCGAGGAUUCCCACAGAGGUUCUGUAGGGCUCCGAAUUGCGUUGGCCAUCUCAGCUAUAGCCAUCUUCCUGGUGUUAGUGUCUGCCUGUGUACUUCGAUUUGGAACCAAUUCUCUCUGCAGUUCCAUCAUCUCCUUGAACCAUACAAUUAGCUGCCCUGAAGCCCAGAAAUUCUCAUGGACACCUCCUGGAACUGCUGUGCAGUUUUACACCAACCUACACAAUGCUGAAACCUCUUCUUGGGUGAAUCUGAUAUUGUGGUGUCUGGCCUUGAUGCUCCAGGUCGUGCAGUGCAAGUCUAAAGCCACUCCAUACCAGCCGCAGGAGAGGGGUGACCCAGAGUGGAGCUCUGAGACCGAUGCUCUUGUUGGGCACCGCCAGUCUCAUUCCUGAAGAAUACUCAGUGCUUUCUACCACCAGAACCUCCACGCCUAAGUGCUUUUAAUCCUUUUGCCUCCAUACAGCCCUGUUUAUAUUGGGAACCCCAGUUUUCCCUCCAGGAGGGAAACAUUAGAAUAGGCCCCCUCUGCUUUUUCUCCUUAACAUUUUUUGUACCAAAAUAAUAUAUUACUUUUCUUCACAA